AUGGGGAAGGGCGCGAUCCACUACACGGGGACCAACUUCCGGCGCGUCCCGCGCUUGGACAUCGUCCACCGCAUGCGAACGCUGGUCUCGCACGGACUCGUCGAGCAGCCGCUGUGGCUCGUUUGCGCGGAACGGGCGCCGCCGCUGGAGCUGCACAACUUGAAGCUCGUGGAUCGGAAAGUUCACAACAAGUAUCUCUCACUCACCCAGGCGGUGCUGAAGAAGUACCCUAACAUGCGCUUCCAGGACUGCUACGUCGACGGGAACGACUGGAGUAAAGGCAAUGACACUUACCGGUCUGAUCACCCGGUGAUGCAGUUCGUCGCCCUCCAGCUGCGGCUCAUGAACCUCGGCCUCGACAGGCAGACGGCGUUUCGGGAGGCUGAGAAGGCGUUCUACGCGCGCCGGCUGCAGCUCGAGAAGCAGCAAAAGUUGAACAUGGCGGCGGCUGUCGUCGCCGCAGCGGCGCGGGAUCCUGCGGCCGUCGCCCGAGGAGUUCAAGGCAGAGUCGGGCACGGCGUCCCCAACAGCAGCGCUGCGCGCCUCACAGCCAUGGGCCUUGGAGAUGUCCAGCCUCUCUUCACCACGGGGCAGGCCUACUGGCAGUAUGAGAUCGCGAAGAGUCAGGCGAACCACUUACUCCGCAUCCGCAGCGUGCUGAGGCGCAUGCGCUCGCAGGCCGAAGCGGCCGCGCGGCGCAGCGCGGAGGGCGAAGAGCCUGCAUCCGACGCUUCCUCUUCUUCUCGCUCUUCUUCUUCUCACUCUUCGUCGUCUUUUUUGCCGUGGCGGCAGGCGUCUGCAGGACUGCCGUCGCUCCGCCGGCGAGCCUUUUCGCUGCCUGACCGGCGCCGGCGCAUGUCACUGGUAGCGCAGCAGCUGCAGGGCGCCCCGGUGGCUUCCUCGGCGGCCUCUGCGGUUUCUGUCGCCGCUGCAGAUCUCGCCGCCGGCGCUGCGCCGGUGGCGCAGGCGAGCGAGGCGACGGCGGCUGAGCAAGCCCUCAGCGCGGAGAACGAAGACCUCGAGGGCUGGAGUGAGGAAGGGGCGGAGGAGGCCAUGAUGCAGUGGUUCAACGUCGGCGAAGAGGAGUUUGACGACGAGGACGCGUGA